AUCAGCGGGAAAAAUUACCCACCCCAUCGACAUGUCAGCCAUGAACCCACUAAGUCAAGUUUUCCGCUACAAUCUUCACGAUUUGUUGACAUCAUCCAUCAAGGAAGGGCUGAUUUGCCACCGUUUGAAGAACUUUAGUAGCCUGUAUGCCAGCCAGUGUAAGCAACCUCCUGCUGCUUCUGCACUCACACACAACGAACGCUUUUCCGGCAUUUCCCCUCUCCUCCGCACAAAUUCUAGGUUUUCAGCUUCCCCUGCAAAAUUAGCGUUUCCUACAUUGUUUCUCCUCGCUCUGACUUCCCGUCCGGCUGCUGAAAUUGACAACACCGGUAACCUGAUCAUGGCAUCAUCAGAUGAAGAGGGUGAGAUUUUGCCCGAGCAUGUCACAGGUUACUAUUUUGUUGAUGAUAAGGAAAAUCUAGUUUCAUUUGAUAUUUUGCCUCUUCUGUGGACUGAGGGUGAGGUCCUUGACGGCCCUAAAACACAAGUGUUCGUGUUCGGGGAUGCUGAAAAUGGGCUUCAGAAAGUUUACAAGUCUGUUGAUGCGUGGAAGUUGGAGCUAUCGUAUGUCAAGCCUGUGGUUUUGGUGCUUUCCAAGGGCAGGAAAUGGAUAACACUCCAAAAGCCUAGGAAGAGUUAUGAAAAUACAGUUAGGACUAUCUUAAUCACUAUUCAUUGGCUCCAUCUUAUAAAAAAGAACCCUGAGGCAUCCAGACAAUUUGUGUGGAACCACUUGCGACAAGCCUUUAGCUUUUAUGAUACUGAGCCUUGUGAGAAUGACCUAUUACAACACAUGCUGUUAAUCAAUCAAACUGUGAAAAGGGAUGAAGAUUUAAUGAAGUCUAUGUAUGUGGUUACUUUUUUGGAGAAGCCUAGUACAGGUCAACCUUCUCAUGAGGGUAUUCAAAAAAUGAUGAAGACUGGAUUUAUAGUAUGUGAGGAUGAAGAUGAUGUUGUCAACAGUGAUGGAGAAGAAGUUGUUUUGAAAUCCAUCUUUGAUACUGUAUGUUCAAUUUGUGACAAUGGUGGUACCGUUCUUUGUUGUGAAGGAAGUUGCUUGAGGUCUUUUCAUCCAACAAAGGCUGAUGGCUCUGAUUCUCUCUGCCAAUCUCUUGGCUUUCUCGAUCAUGUUCAAGUUGAUGCCCUGCCAUCCUUUUUGUGCAAAAAUUGUCUCUACAAGCAGCAUCAAUGUUAUGCUUGUGGAAAACUGGGCUCUUCUAACACAUCUGAGGGCCAAGAGGUCUUCUCAUGUUCUUCUGCAACUUGUGGGCAUUUCUAUCAUCCAGAAUGUGUUGCUAGGUUGCUUCACAUAGGCAAUGAAAAUGAAGCGUUAAAACUUCAAGCAACAAUUGCUGCAGGGAAAUCAUUCACUUGCCCCAUGCAUAAGUGUUAUAUUUGUAAGCGAAGUGAAGAUGCAGCUGUUCAUGGCUUGCAAAUGGCAAUCUGCAGGCGUUGCCCUAAGGCUUACCAUAGGAAAUGCUUGCCCAAGAUGAUCACUUCAGAAUUUACCACUGAUAAAAAUCUUUUACAAAGGGCUUGGGAUGGUCUCUUGCCAGAGAAUCGGAUUCUUAUAAAUUGCAUGGAUCACAAGAUUGAUAGAGUACUUGGUACUCCGAGCAGAGACCAUUUGAAAUUUCCUGAUCUUGAAGGCAAAGAGAAACAAGACAAAUUGGAGGUACCAUCAUGCAAAGGGAAGGUUACAGAUUCAAUACAAAGUAUGUCUUCAGAACAUUUUGCUGCAAAUAGACCACCAAUGAAGAAGGCUAAGCUGUUUCAAAAGUUUGGUAGCAAUAUUGAAGCUUAUAAUGAAACCACUAAUGAAAAGUGUUCAAGACAAGAUUUUGAUAUUUUGAAGAAACCAAUAGGUGAAACUGGUAAAAACUACUUGGAGAAGAAUUUUAGUUCUGAUAUUGAGAGACAAUUCAAAACAGACAAAAGCAAGUUCUUGCCCACAAAAGGUAACACAAAACUAAACUUGGGAUCAGCUAUGGGUACAUUGGGUGAGGUGUCUUCAAGGAGCAGUAAAAUCAGGAAUACUGUUCAAACAAUGCCUAUGGUGAAGCCCUUAGUUACUCUAGACAUGGAGAAGGGACUAAUGAAAAAUUCUGCUUCUUCAUUUAAUGUUGAAGAAUUCAAGAAGAGAAGGCAGAUCCCAGUUACAUAUGCUUGUAACCCCUGUAAAAUGUUGGACAAGACCAUUACAUUAGGAAGGGUGGAGGCUUCUGUAAGGGCUGUUCAGGCCGCAUUGGAAAAGUUAGAAGCAGGAGGCAGCAUUGAGGAUGCAAAAACUAUCUGUGGACCAGAGGUUCUCAAACAGAUUGCCAUGUGGAAGGAGAAGCUCCAAGUCUCUCUAGCUCCUUUUCUGCAUGGCAUGCGAUAUGCAUCUUUUGGUCGUCAUUUCACUAAACUGGAGAAGCUUAAAGAGAUUGUUGAUAGGCUUUGUUGGUAUGUACAAAAUGGUGACACUAUAGUUGACUUCAGUUGUGGUUCGAACGACUUUAGUUGUCUGAUGAAAGAGAAACUAGAAAAUAUGGGGAAAUUCUGCUCUUUCAAAAAUUAUGAUCUUUUUCGACCUAAGAAUGAUUUUAAUUUUGAGCAGAGAGAUUGGAUGAGCAUCAAUUUGAAUGAACUACCAGAUGGGUCUCAGGUGAUCAUGGGGCUAAAUCCUCCUUUUGGGUUUAAGGCAUCUCUUGCUAACAUGUUCAUUAACAAGGCUCUUCAAUUCAGACCAAAGCUUAUUGUUCUCAUUGUUCCUGAGGAAACGAGACGAAUUGACAAAAAAGCUCCAUAUGAUUUAGUUUGGGAGGAUGAUAGAAUUCUAUUGGGCAAGUCAUUUUACCUACCAGGGUCAGUUGAUGUGGAUGACAAGCAGCUGGAACAAUGGAAUUUGAAAUCACCACCACUAUAUCUUUGGAGUCGCCGGGAUUGGGCAGCCAGACACAAAGCAAUAGCUCAAGAGCAUAAUCACAUCUAUAAUGCACAAGAACGGAUGGAGCAUAAUGACAACGAAGUUAGAUUUAACCAUCUCAUGGAGGGGCAUACUGAUGGCUAUGAUGAUUUCUUUAAAGAUAUGCAAGAAUGUAUAGCUCUCCCCUACAUAUUUGAUGGUGUCCCCAAAGUUGACAAUAAUUUUGAAUCUGGAGAGGUCAGAGCACUUAUCCCUCCUAGGGAGCACAGAGGAGGCUCUUUUCCUGGUCAUUGCAGCAGUAGUCGGGAGAAUGAUAAUAUGGCACUUUGGGAAACUGAUUCUAUGUGCAUGGAUAUGGAAAUAUCAACUCCAUAGGAAGAGGAAUGGCAGUAGCCUAGGCUGUUAAGCAUAUUUGACAAAUAUUCAGACGAUAUACAUAUAUAUAUAUAUAUAUAUAUAUGUAUUUUUGAUAUAUCAAAUGAUGAAUCCUACAAUAAGAAAUAGUCUUUUAUUUC